UACGCUGCCAGGCUUUCAGUGAUUAUAAUGGAAUCUAAUUGAAGCUUUAAUAAUAUCUGUUCUGGAAAAAAGAAUCCUGCUAAACUACUCAGAUGUAGCUGCUGUAUAUUCCUCUGGGGACACUUUUAAGAAAAGGACUCAUUAAUCACACUAAGUCAGAAGUGUGUCCUUUACUUCACAAGCACUCCGGCUACAUUCAGACUGUAUAAAUGACUGUGCAACUGAUAUUUUGAAAAGAGAAGUAAAACAACUUGUGGAGUAAAUUAAACUCUGUGCUCAACACGGUUUGGCCCCUCGCAGAGCUCUGGAAAUGUCGUCCUUGUUGAAAGAGGAAAUGCAGAAACGGCUCUUUAGACCCGAAGGACAGAGGCUGGACGAGUUCAUUGAAAUUGUGUACUCGGCACAAGGGAGACACUUUCUCUGCGUGUCGGUGACUAAAGGAAAGGACGUCCUGAUAUCGCUGGUGAAAUACGUCAGGUCGGGCUUGGACGACACCUAUGAGAAGAUUCAGUCCUGGUUCCUCAAGGAUCUGGUCUUACUUGACGGGAGAGAAGCCGACACUGAUGACCCGUUCUUCGACAUGCACUUUGACAAAGUGCACAAGUUGGAGGCCCUGAGCUGCGCGGCCAAGUACUCCUUCGCUCGCUGCCUGACGCGGCUCAGCGGGACGUACUGCCAGAGGGAGCUCAAGAUAGCGAACUUCGACAUCACCUACAUCGAGCCCACAUCCCUGUCGUCCAACAGAGGGGACUGCAUGGUGAUCAUGCAAAUCUGCUUCUAUGCUUUCAACCUCGUGUGCCUGUCACUGUGUCCCGUUUCCUAGGCGGGCUUCCAGACGGCAGAGCUCCGGUACUCCUCAGUCAGAAAUGUCGCCCCUUCUCCAUGGGGCUCAGUGUGCGGGAGUGUCCAAUACAUCAGCCAAAGCCUGGAAGUGAAGGUGUUGAAGAGAGACAGGAGGGACGUGACGUGUUUAACAGUCAUGUCGUUUCUUUUCAAGAUUUUUGCUUCAGCUGAAAUCUCACUUGCAGUACGGACUCUGACCCUCUGACCCCUCUCUGCAGUCUGCAGUGCAGUUAGCACUAUCACUGCUGGUGGGAGCCUGAGAGAGGUGUCUGUCACUGUCUCUCAUGACAGAGACUGAUGGCCUCUGGCUGAAGUCAAACUGGGCUGUAGUUCACUCAGUGCACCACAGCAGCACCUUCAGUCGGGUCACAGGGUAUAACACAGUGAUGUGUCAAUCUCACGAUUUGUUAAGGUUUUAUAAAUGCGAUGUACAAGAUAACAGACUGUGUACUGAAUCAUUGCAUAUUCUCCUUCUUCAGAAGAAAGCUUUUGGUCAUCUUGUUGUUCAUUUAGCUUUUUCGGGUUGUAGUAGGAUGAACAACGCAGGAAAUUAAGAUUCUGCUUUCUUUCUCCUUUCUCAAGCAAUAGGUUAAAGUCAUCAUUAGAGAGGCCACUCUGGUGCCCACAACACAUGUAAACAAAGUGAAAUAGGAAUGCAUUUGCGUAUAUGCUUUGUAUGAAAACCAUGAAAGAUUUGAUUUGUGUGUCGUGUCCGCAGACGAACUGUGGGCAGGUGAAACUUAUGCUUUCAUGUGUACAUGUCCAGCUGACCACAGUGAAACUCAGCUCACAAGUAAGAGCUUCUUGUUUGCUUGUGACCAGGUAACACAUACAGUACACUCCCAUGUGAAAAACGCAUACAUUCAACAUAUUUCUAAACUUUUAACACUAUGUUUUAAUACCCAAUAACAAAAGAAAGUCUACAGUUCUGUCUCAUAUUAAUAGCUUGAUCGGAAAUACAAAUUUCUCUUCACUUUCCGGCACUUUUCACUGUUUUUUCCUUUUGACUAACACUUGUAGAGUUAGUAAAGUUAUGCAA